UCUCCCACCUUUUACCCCCCCUUCUUUCUCUUUUUCUGUCUCAGGGCCAGGUUACAAGAGAGGAAGGCGGAGUGUUUCUUCAAUGAAAUCCACCUGCUCCUCAUCUCUGUUGUAUUAGAGAGAUUGACCCAAGCAGGUUUCCUACCAGAGCCGACAUGGAGCGUCUAGAGAGAAGACUGCCUGGAGCUUUCCUCCUGCUUCUGCCUCUUCUGUCUGUCAGCUGUGUCUCCAAUACAAAAACCACAGUCUCCUGGUGUGUAUUGGGUGACGCCGAAGAGCAGAAGUGUCUGGAUUUGGCCGGGAACGCCACAGCUCGGAAUAUUAGAGGAACUUUGCAAUGCGUCCGUGGCGUGAACACCAGAGACUGUAUGGACAGAAUCAAGAAUGGGACAGCGGAUGCAGCCUCCAUGUUUGCAGAUGACAUCUACGCUGCUGGCCUCUGCCACGGCCUGGAGCUGGCUGCAGGAGAGUCCCACAACGGAGUGGAUGCCAUUAGCUACUACGUGGUGGCGAUGGCCCGCCGCUCCUCCUCAGACCUGUCCCUGCUGGAGAUGCACGAACGCAGCUCCUGUCACCCCGGCAUACGCACCACAGUGGGGUGGACCGUUCCCAUUGGCUACCUGGUCAACACCUCUCAGAUCAGCAUAGGGGAGCAGUGCAACUUCCCCAGAGCCGUUGGCAACUUCUUUGGCUACAGCUGCGUGCCGGGCGUUAAGGACAUCCAGCACGACCCGAGAGGCAACAACCCCAAGAACCUGUGCGAGGCCUGCAUAGGAGACGACAACGACAGACACAUCUGUGCCAAUAACCACAGAGAGAGGCACUACGGAGAGGCGGGGGCGCUGAGGUGUGUUGCGGAGAACCUCGGCGAUGUGGCCUUCGUCAAACACACAACCAUCUUUGACAAUUUGGACGGUAAGAACCAGGAGUCCUGGGCCCUGGAUCUGGAGCUGGAGGACCUGAAGCUGCUGUGCCCGGAUGGAACCGAGGCGGAUCUGGAGGAGUUUGGCCGAUGCCACCUGGCAGCUGUCCCGGCUAACGCUGUGGUGGUGCGCAUGGAGGACAAGUGCCGCGUCUGGAAGUUCCUGGAACGUUUACAGAACGCGUUUGGCAACGCCACCGAGGGCUUCCGCCUGUUCAGCUCAGCGGGCUACGGCGAAUCCGAUGUGCUCUUCAAUGAUGCCACCCACCACCUGCAAAGGGUUCUGGGUAGCUACACCUCUUGGCUGGGCCCUACUUACACCACCAUGCUGCAGGCCUUCGAGUGUGAGGGCUUCUGCUGAUGGAGCAGGAGGAAGACAUCCAGAGCAUCAACUUCCACCCCAUCCCUCCCGUCUCCGUCCUCCCGUUCCGCCUUCCCUCGCUGCCAUCUGUGUCCUUCUGCCACUCUGUCUCGCCAUCGUCUUUGCUUCGCUUCUUGUGUUUGUUUUCUCCCAUUCUCUAUUAUUACGCCCUCGUCCUCCUCCAACAGUAGUGCUCCACUCGAAUGUGCUGGCUGGCAGGGUAGGACAUCGCUAAGAGGGGCUAAUCAGAAAAAUAUCAGAAAACGUCCCCAAAAUUGAGCUUAGGUUUACUAAUAUUAUUCUAGAAAUGGUGUAUUUCUGCAUACUGGGGUCCCUAAACAGUCUUGGAAUUACAUAAAUUGGGUAUCACU